GCGCGUUCAUCUCGUCUCAUCCGCCUCGUGCGCUCGCGUUUUUUCGCUGUGAUGUGGAAUUAAAUUAUUAUUGUUUAUUUAUUUGUUUUUGUGCGUGUGUUUUUGUGUGUGCAAUAUAGUGUUUGUUCCAGAGUGUGGGUGUGUGAAAAAUGCCGUAAAAUGCAGCAAACGCAAUGGAAUAAGGACAGACAGGAGGAUAGAAACAACAAUAGUAGCAGCAGGAGCGAGCAGGAUAGCGGCUGUCAUCGGCGUCUCUUCCUGUGCAUUGGCAAGGCUGUGAAACAAUUCAUUGAUCUCUGCAACAAUCUGGGUGCUAACUGCAGCACGACGACAGCCACAUCCCCGUCAGCUUCCUCCUCCUCUGCCAGCAGCACGCAGAACUUAAUAGCAGUAGUGCCGCCACAGUUGCAGCAGCUGCAGGUGCAAUUACCGGCGCCAGGAGGAGGGGCAGGUGCAGGAGGAGGAGGCGGUGGCGGAGGCGGAGGUGGUGGGGGCGCAACGCCUGUGAGACGCCACAUCUCGCAUACGACAGCCGUCAAGUUUCUGUACGCCCGUAAAUUCGAUAUACCGCGAGCGGUCUCGCUGUACGAACAGCAUGAACAGAUCCGCCUAAAGGAGUAUCUCUAUAACAUUGAUCCGGAUGUGGAGCCCUUGCGCUCCGAGUUGCAGACCGGCAAGUUCACAAUCCUGCCCGCACGCACUUCCAGUGGCGCUGCCAUCGCCCUAUUCACAGCCAAUCGACACAGUCCGCUGAGCGUUUCGCACACAACCACGCUGCAGGGCAUCGUCUAUCAGCUGGACAGUGCGCUCCAGGAUUCGGAGACGCAGCGCGCCGGUCUCGUUUUUAUCUACGACAUGAGCGGCUCCAAGUAUUCCAACUUUGACUACGACCUCUCCCAGAAGAUUCUCACACUGCUCAAGGGCGGCUAUCCGGCGCGUCUGAAGAAGGUCCUGAUUGUGACGGCACCACUGUGGUUCAAGGCACCCUUCAAGAUCCUGCGUCUGUUUGUGCGCGAGAAGCUGCGCGAGCGAGUGUUCACUGUAUCGGUGCCUCAGUUGGCGCUGCACGUGCCGCGCAAGGCGCUGCCCAUUCACUUGGGUGGCACGCUGGAGGUCGAUCACGCCACAUGGUUGCUCAGCUGCCGCCAAUCGAUGACGAAUCGUGAGGACGAGCUGCUGGCCAAUAUCGUGGGUGUGGGCGGUGGAUCCGGAUCCGGUUCAGCAGCUGGAUCAGCGAUUGUGUCCACCAAUGGCACGGAAACGGAGGCCGCGACAACGGCAGCCACGAUAAUCAGCGCCGUCCACCAGUUGGGCGAUAAUAAUACCACCGUGGUGACAGUCAGCAAUGGUGUCGGUCCAGCUGGCUCGACAGCUGGCGGAGUAACUGCAGCAGCAACGGCGGCGACGGCGACGGCGACGGAACCCAACGAAAAUAUCACAAUCAACGGACUGAGUCCAAGCCACCGACAGGCGGCGAGCAACAGCAGUAGCACCAGCAGCAGUGCAGUCACGGCGGCUAAUCCCCUCAAGCUCAACACGAGUGGUACCGCGGACAACAAUAGUACCAUCACGAACGCCACCACAGCUGCUGGAGCAGCCGGAGCAGCUGCUGGCACCACCACCACCAAUGGAGGCGGCGAGUUCUGGUCAGAGAAUCCGCCCAGCAGCGCCUCGUCCGGCUUCAGUGACGAUGAUAGUCUCGCCGGCCAGGAGGGCGAUCCCAAGCCCAUUGAUCAGAUCGUCCAGAUGGUGAAGCAGCGCGGACGCCAUGGCCUGAUUAAGGAGUACGCGGACAUUCGGAAUAGGGCGCCCGAGGGCACUUUCCUGCAUGCGAGAAUGCGUGCCAAUCUGACCAAGAAUCGCUACACAGACGUCCUCUGCUACGAUCACAGUCGAGUGGUGCUGGCAAACGAAGACGGCGACGAGCCGUCGGAUUAUAUAAAUGCGAAUUUCGUCGAUGGCUACAAACAAAAGAAUGCCUAUAUUUCAACUCAAGGUCCAUUACCAAAGACAUCCCAGGACUUUUGGCGCAUGAUCUGGGAGCAACAUUGUUUAGUUAUAGUGAUGACGACGCGCGUGAUGGAGCGCGGACGCGUGAAAUGCGGCCAGUACUGGGAGCCGACUGAAGAAAGUUCCUUAGAGUUUGGCGACUACCAUGUGCGAACAAUUAGCGUUGAGUGCAACGAGGACUAUAUGGUUGCCUCGUUAGAAUUGAGAAACAUAAAGACUGACGAAGUUCGCAAUGUCUCACAUUGGCAGUUCACCAGCUGGCCGGACUAUGGUGUGCCCAGCUCGGCCAUGGCCAUGCUGAACUUCCUGCAGAAGGUGCGUGAGAAGCAGGCGCAGCUCGUCCAAGGACUGGGCGACACCUGGGCGGGUCAUCCACGUGGACCGCCCAUUGUGGUGCACUGCAGUGCAGGCAUUGGACGCACAGGUACAUUCAUCACCCUGGACAUUUGCAUAUCGCGCCUGGAGGACGUGGGCACGGCGGACAUACGCGGCACCGUUGAGAAGAUACGAUCGCAGCGAGCCUACUCCAUUCAGAUGCCCGAUCAGUAUGUGUUCUGUCACCUGGCACUCAUCGAAUACGCAUAUUCGCGUGGAAUGCUGCAGACGGUGGAUUUGGCUGGCUUCGAUGAACGUGAACCGGACUCGGAGUAGGCUACCACCACCAACAUAGUCUUUGGACCGGAAAGCGGACGGGGAAACAACUUGUAUACAGAAUAAUUUUAUGUUUUACCAUUGCAAAUUGGAGUUGUAACUUUCUUCGACUAGAUGUUCGUCCUGAUAUGAUAUAAUAUGAUAUAUAUGAUACGAGAGAAACGAUGGGAAGCACAGAUAAAUUCCGAGACACGGACGAGGGAAAGAGAUGAAAUUGUAGAGAGUAGAGUAAACAAUUUACGUUAAUCUAUUAUUUUUUUUUUAAAUAUUAUUACAUACCAAGCUAUAGUUGUAUAGCAAAAACAUCUAUAUAUAAACAUUAUUUAAAUUAAAUUUAAAGUAAAUGAAAAACAAAUAGCUAAAAAUAAAGAAACAAAAACAAAA